UUGUCAGUGUAGUGUAAGGAAAAAAUUCUUUUAUGCCGAGCUGUCAACGUUUACGGAACGUUUCCGCGCAGUUCGGUUUUAAUCCAAAGGAAUCUCUUUGGAUUAAUUUUAAUAUCGUUAAGUGAUAUUACAUUAAGCAAACACAAUGCCUCCUAAAUUCGAUCCUAAUGAAAUUAAAAUCGUCAAUUUGAGAUGUGUUGGUGGAGAAGUAGGUGCCACAUCUUCGUUGGCCCCUAAAAUCGGUCCCUUGGGUCUCUCUCCCAAAAAAGUUGGUGACGACAUCGCCAAAGCUACUAGCGAUUGGAAGGGAUUGAAGAUCACUGUACAGCUCAUCGUACAAAACAGACAGGCACAAAUCUCUGUAGUGCCUUCUGCAGCUGCCCUUAUCAUCAGAGCACUAAAGGAACCUCCACGUGACCGCAAGAAGCAAAAAAAUAUUAAACACAAUGGAAAUAUCACAUUAGAAGAUGUGAUUGGAAUUGCAAAAAUCAUGAGGCCCAGAUCAAUGGCAAGAUACCUUUCAGGUACCGUUAAAGAGAUCCUGGGAACUGCCCAAUCUGUUGGCUGCACUAUCGAUGGCAGAGCCCCUCAUGACAUCAUUAAUGACAUCAACAGUGGUGCAAUUAACAUUGAUGAAUAAAUUUUAAUGAUAUACUGA